AUGAAGGUUGUGGCAUUGAUUAGUGGUGGCAAAGAUUCUUGCUUUAAUAUGAUGCAAUGUGUAGCAGCUGGCCAUGAGAUUGUAGCUCUAGCUAAUUUGUUUCCUGUUGAAAAAGAUGAUCUGGAUUCAUUUAUGUUCCAAACGGUAGGACAUCAAGGUGUUAAGUACAUUGCUCAAGCUAUAGGCUUGCCUAUAUAUCGUUAUCCAACGUUUGGUAAAGCAAACGUGCAAGAUAAAUAUUAUUAUCCUACGGAUAGUGAUGAAGUUGAAGAUCUCUUUAAGCUUUUGAGUACAGUAAAGGAACGUGAAAAUAUAGAGGCUGUGUCAAGUGGUGCUAUUUUUAGUGAUUAUCAACGAAUUCGUGUAGAAAAUGUGUGUAAUCGUUUAGGUCUUAUUUCCUUGUCAUAUUUAUGGAGACGGGACCAGGAUGAGCUGUUAAAUGAAAUGAUACAGAGUUCUGUUAACGCAAUAUUGAUUAAAGUUGCAGCUUUAGGCCUUGAAAUUAAACAUUUAGGCAAAUCUAUAUUUGAAAUGCAACCUCAUCUCAUUAAGAUAAAAGAAAAAUAUGGAGUGAAUAUAUGUGGUGAGGGAGGAGAAUAUGAAACUUUUACCUUAGAUUGCCCUUUGUUUGCUAAAAGUAUUGUAAUCGAUGAGUAUGAGAGCAUUGUAAAUUCAAGGGAUGAUGUAGCACCUGUAGGAUACCUCGGAUUUACAAAAAUCCAUUUAGAAGAUAAGGACAAUGGAGAAUUGGAGAAGUUAAGUCUAUCUGAGAGACUAAAAAAUGUUUUGAUAAAGUCGCCACAGGAUUACAUUGCUGAAAUCAUUGGUCCUGAGCUACAUGAUGGCUGUAAUUUAUCAGAAGAUGAAAAUGACGAGCAUGCAUGUGAAAGUAAUAGUUUGAAGGCAUCAAACUCAGGUCAGUUUCAUCCUCCGAGUCCAAUGGAAAUUUUGUAUGAAGAGGAAGAUUGCCCAGAUGCUCCGGUUGUUAACAGAAAUCAAACAGGAUGGUUCUGGUUUGGGGGUAUUAUAGGGAAACAUCCGGACGUAACACCUGCUAUAGAAGAGGCACUGGAAAAACUAAGCACUUUGAUACAAAAUGAAAAUUUGUGCCCAUCUGACAUAGUCGCGAUAACGUUGUACAUAAAAGAUAUGUCGAAUUACAAGGCUAUAAAUGAAGUAUACGUCUCCUGGUUGGGUAAGAGAAAUCCGCCAGUUCGUGUAUGUGUGCAAUGUCCUUUGAAUGUACAUGUCGCACUUGAUGCAACAGCGUAUAAGGAGAAUCAAGAGAGUGGCGAUAAAUGGACCUAUAAACGCCACACGCUAUAUGUUCAAAGUAUAAGCCACUGGGCACCUGCCAAUAUUGGCCCUUACUCUCAGGCUGUUCGUGUAGAUGAUGUUAUUUUAGUUGCUGGGCAAAUACCUUUGAUACCUGGCAAUAUGAAUCUUCUAGAUAUGAACAUUAAACGACAGUGUCGUUUAACAUUGAGGCACAUAGACCGUAUUGUUAAAGCUAUGGAUGCGAAACUUCGAGAUAUAGUACAAGGUAUCUGUUUCCUGACUCAUUCUAGUUAUAUAGAAGAUGCGAGGAAGGAAUGGGAAAGGAGGACGAGAAAUGCUAUUGUAGAUUAUGUUGUUGUACCAAAUUUACCACGUGGUGCUCAAGUUGAGUGGUGUGUUUGGGCUCAUAGGGAUAAUAACCGAUUUGAAUAUGAGGAAACAGGAAAAUGUGUGGCUAAUUUUAGGAUAGCCAUAAGACGUAGGUGGAAUUAUGAAAAUAAUGUGUCGGCGAUUGUAUGUUACAUGUCUACCGGUUCAUCCAAUUCUACUGGUAAUUUGACAACGGAGGCGAGUUUGCCAUCUAUGGAGUUGAAUGCAAAUGAAUUGUCAGAGGCUUUUGAUUAUCUAUUGUGUAAACUCAGGAAAGGUUCACAAAGCGCAAAUCCAACAUGUAAUUUGCGAAUAUUUUACAAAGUUGGCAGCUUUUUGGGCCCAAACUUUCUUCACAACGUCCUAUCGAAGUUUUCUACACAGAAUUUAGUGAUUACCAUUAUACCAGCUACUCACUUACACAAUUUCAGUACUUUGUUAUCUAUAUAUGGUAUUAGGCACGAGUAAAUACUCGAAAUAAUUUUUUACACUGUCAAUUAUUCAUCGGAAUUGGAGCGCACAUUUUAGGAUAAAAAAAUUGAUACUUCAAAAACAGCAUGCAAGUAAGAGAGCUGUUUUGACACAAGAACAGGAAAAAAAAUGCGUUUAAAGUCUUGCUUUACUUUAUAGAAUACUCAUGCACAGAGUGCAAUCAUAAUUUAACUGAUCACGAAUUACAAUCGAAAUUGUGUGAAUCUCUUGUGUAUUUUUUCAAAACAGCAUUUUGCUUUAUACGUCCUUUUACAGCUAUUGCUUUAAUUAUUUCGGCCGUUAUGAAUCCAAUACUACUCUAGAAGGAUAAAGCGGCGUUGCAAUCAUUAAGUUCUCUAUACGUGCGCAGAUAAUUCUCGAUAUUACUUUAGGCCUGUUCUUUUUGGCUGAACUUUUGCACCAGUUCAUCAUUUUUCCUUUUCUCUUGAAGAGAAAGGGAAGAAGGAUGAACUAGUGCAAAAGUUCAGCCAAAAAGAACAGACCUUUUGCUUCACUGAUGGUCUGAUAGACGUAUUAGAGCACUCGCGUUUCGUACGCGUUACAUACGUGAGAGACACGGCUGUUGGUUCGAGAUUUACUGACGAUGUAGUUACACCGCUGUUUCUUCUAGCCGCAUUUUUAUAUAGUUUUCUCACAAGUCUCAUUUUCUUACAAAUAUUGAAGAUAUAUCCCGUAUCUUUUUGAAUAAAAAAUAGCAAUAAAAGUGCAGUUAAGAUGAAACAGACACUAUAUUAUCUUGUAUACCGAGUACCACUAGUCAAUGACGGGUCAAGUGCAAUUCUGAGCUAUGAGCCCGUCCCCGUUUAGCGCAUAAGUGCUCUUUAACAACGCGUGAGAUUAGGUAUAAUAAUACUCGUACGAAUUGUACUGCUGAUUACGUUAUAAUGUUUCGUUUCUUUUUUGCUCAAAGUAUACGUUACUUUAUGGCGUUGUAAAUUAUGUGCGGAAUGUUAACGUGUGUGAUGUUUCUCUAAACGACAUUAAAUUGUGCACAGCCAUUUUAAACUAGCACUCGACAUUUACUCGAAUUCUAAAUAAAAGGAAGAAAACUGAGAUUGUUGUCGCGAGGAAGAAAUUAUAGGUCACCGCUAGGUGUCUUCAGUGCGAUUUAAUUUAUGACUGGAACGUAGAACAUAUGUGUGUGUGUGUGUGU